AUGAAGCUGAAACAGGUCCUCUCCGCGGUCGCCGUGGCCGCUCGCGCGGUGCCGCUUGUGUCGCGUCCGUUCGAUUACCCUGGCCUUUAUUUCUCGAACGGCAAGUUCGAGAUUACUAUGUUCAACGAUCUCCACAUGGGUGACUUCGGAAUUCAGGAUGGUAUCCAAAAAGGCGUCUGGUCCGAUGAUCUUACCAUGGGUGUCCUAAACAAGGUGCUGAACUACGAGUCCGCCACCAACCUAGCUGUGCUCAAUGGCGACAUCACGACUUGCGAAUGGCUCGCCGAAAAGGACUCCUAUAGUUUUCUCGACAAGGCCAUGUCGCCUUUCCUUAGUCGCAAGCUGCCCUUUGCUGCGACGUUCGGAAACCAUGACUGGAGCGCAACGUGCAACACACGCUGGAUGUCGGAGCACAUUUGGAGAACGGCAAAUGAUCCCAAGAAUGGCGGCCAGCUUACAUUCACUACGAGUUCAGUGGCCGGCAACCCGAAUAUGGUCGGCACGACAAACUACUUCAUUCCGCUAUAUUCCAAGGGCAAUGGAAAAAAGAUCCUCAAGAUGAUCCUGUGGUUCUUCGACAGCAAGGGAGGAUUUGGAUAUACAGGUAACGGCGAUAACAAGCAGGAGGUCUACAGUUAUGUUCAUCCUGAUGUGAUCAACUGGUUCAAGCGUACUCGCGCCCAACUUGAGAGCGAUCACGGCGGCAAGACUAUUCCGAGCCUUGUAUUCGUCCACAUUCCCAUAUCCAUAACAGACAGCUACAGCCGUGCCGGACUGAUCAGCGCAACCCGAACACCAGGCAUACAAUUCAAUGAAGAGCUUGGGGUACAGGACGACAAAAAGGGAAACGUGUUCAUGCAAGCGCUUGUUGACACGCCGGGACUGCUGGGAGUUUUCUCUGGACACGACCAUAAUACUGAUUGGUGUAUGAAAUGGACGAAGACUCCUAAGCCAGUGCCUGUGAAUUGGCCUUCUGCUGAUCAAGGCGCUGGACUCAAUGUAUGCUUCGGCAGGCACACCGGAUAUGGCGGUUAUUCAGAGGUCAUGCGAGGCGGACGGCACAUUGCCAUUUACGAGAAUGCGCUCGAAGGCGACAAUGCUAUCGAGACCUGGAACCGGCUCGAAAAUGGCGAGGUCUCUGGACGAGUGAUGUUGAACUCGACGUACGGGACAAACAAGUACGCGCGCGUCGAAGUCAAAAUGAGUGAUGGUACGAUGCCACAUAGUGGCGUCGCCGGUAGAGCCGACGGCGAUGAAGCAAAGACGAUCGUCAAGGAAUCUCACUCUUCAACAAGUAAGAAGAGUAGCAUGGUGACAAAGGCUACAAAAGCAACAUCAUCCAAGAUUACGAAGGCGACGAAGACUUCCAAAGAUAUUGACACCACAAUCAUCUCCAUGACCGUAAAGUCUACAAAGACUACUCAGAUUCUGAAGGCGACAACGACGACUAAGACCACAAGUCGUAUCAAUCCAGCAUGA